AUGAAUAUUCUGGCUCGACUCAAGACCAGCCCUUGGCAUAUGGAAGUUCCCACGUCCGAGGCCAUGGUCGUGGACCUGGCGAGCGACUCCUUUUGUGGGAAGCGACAAAACCAGAUUGGAUGCUGCGAACUUGAAAUGUCAAUGAUCGAAGGCCGGCUCGUCUAUCUCCUUGGCUCUCCACCUGAGAAAUCACUCGAUACUGUCUCUCGAUACCACAAAUGUUCCCUGGAAUACACGGCUCGGCUGAAACAGAUAUACGACAGAAGAAAUCCUGCCCUUGCGCCUUCAUCUUCGAAACUGCCACUGAUUGGCGGCGCCCCACUGGCCCGGUCUGCUCUUCUGUCAUUGGAUUUACCAAGUUCGGACAUCUUCGGCCGAAAUCGACUGCACGUUGCCCUCUACUAUGAAGCCUUUGAUGAAUACCCAAAAAGCGUCAUCUCGCUCGAGAUGGCGCGGCACAAAGACCGUCUUGGUCUCACACCGCUCCAUAUUGCAUCCAUCCAGGGCCACUCGCAGUGUGUCAAGCUCUUGCUCGAGCUCGACGUCGAACAUAACGCGCGCGACGACUGCUUACUCACCCCGCUCCACUACGCUGCCGGCUUUGGUCAUGAGGAAGUCGUUUCCCUGCUCCUGGAGAGAUACCGUUUUCGGAAUGACGAGGAGAGCAUAUACGCCACUGAUCAGAAUAGGAAGACGCCCUUGGACUUGGCCACUGCGGGAGAGCAUGACAAAGUUGUCGAGAUGCUCCGAAAGCCAGCCUCCGAUGUUGCCUCGGGCACCAGUACGGGAUGGAGCAGCCAUUUGGAAGCUCCUCAAGACUUUACACUAGGCAUGAAAACACCACCAAUUGGCGUUCCCGUGCCUUCGAACCCUCUUCCUCCACUAUCGCGGUACUUUCAAACUUUCGAUGAUCCUGGGACACUGGCUACUGUCGAGACUAACGAUGACUCCGAGGGAGUCUGGUACCUCCAGUGCAUUGUUGAUGGCUGCCACAUGAAGAACAAGCCGUGGUCGGAUGGAGAAGGAUUCCUACGACACUUGAACGGAGCCCACAACUGGACGUCGAACUUUCUCGAGCCGGAAGAUCUCAAGCAAUACCUUGUCAGGUGGCACAGAGUUCCACUUCCCUAG